CUCGCUGCGUCUUCAUGCACCCUUGCCUGGCUCAUCGGGUGUGCGUGUGUUCAGAUUCAGGUUCAGGUCCAAGUGCCAACAGACUUGACCGUGUACACUAUUUACUGCUCGUAGCCCCUUCGCUUUUCUUUUUUCCCUUCUUUUAUCAUCUGCGCUUUCGCUCCUCAUCUUCCUCAUACGUCCCUUCUCUGCUUUCUCUCCUCUUCAAACCUGUCGUGUUCUGCGCGUUGGUCUUUUCUCAGUCUCGGACCUAUACACGCCUCAGCCACCACCCAUCGCGAUAUUGCUCGGUUGAUAGGAUUCGACUUUGACCUCAGCUCGACUAAACUCGCCAAGUGUGAAGAAACAGUCCAUCGUCGGAAAGUGCGGGGCCUUCAGUUUCUUAGUUUAAAUCGCCCUUUGGAUCGCAAGAGAGAUUUAACAACAACAACAACAACAACAACAACAACAACACAACAACACAAAACAUUUCCUACCAACCGCCCGACGAAAAAGCAAAAUAUACACGACACGAGGAAAAUCAUUCCGGAUCGAGUACGACACAGAGUUGCGACGGACACCAGCAUUCCCAAUCAUCGAUCCCCUCGCGCACCUCGGCCUGCCAACCACCACUUCCCUUGUCGUGUCGCUGCCCCUCCGAGAGGUAUCCGAAUUCCCGUCAAUUUGGGUAAAAGCCCCAGUUCUGUUAGUGAACUACUGCAGACAAACAAAAGUUUUCGGUUCGCCUUCAGGACUUCGUUCUCAGCCUUUGCCCGAUCCCCUUAUUGUGCGCACUACGCAGGCAACAUCCGACCCCAGCCGACGUCGUCCGUCUCCUCAGUCUCCCUUACACAAAAAACACAAAGCGCCCGAUCACCGGAUCGCCUCACUGCCGCCACUGAAUCAAACCUCGCGUUUGACCUGUGUUUGUGACACUCGGCCCAUUCAGCUUGCCCCGCGCUCCCACCAGAGACAGGGCUACUUCGUCUUCCAGCAAUCCUCACUCCGUCCUUUGUUCUGUAACAUCAACACCACACAUCACAAUGGCCGAAUUUAUCCGCGCCCAGAUCUUCGGAACUACCUUUGAGAUCACCUCGAGGUAUUCCGAUCUCCAGCCUGUUGGCAUGGGAGCCUUUGGUCUUGUCUGCUCCGCGAAAGACCAGCUCACCAACCAGAAUGUCGCCAUCAAGAAGAUUAUGAAGCCCUUCAGCACACCGGUCCUUGCCAAACGCACGUACCGUGAGCUGAAGCUUCUCAAGCACUUGAGGCACGAAAACGUCAUCUCUCUGAGCGAUAUCUUCAUCUCUCCUCUCGAGGAUAUCUACUUUGUUACCGAGCUUCUCGGAACCGAUCUUCACAGACUUCUUACGUCCAGGCCUCUUGAGAAGCAGUUUAUCCAGUACUUCCUGUACCAGAUUAUGCGCGGUCUCAAAUACGUUCACUCCGCCGGUGUUGUCCACCGUGACCUGAAGCCAAGUAACAUCCUGGUCAACGAGAAUUGCGACUUGAAGAUUUGCGAUUUCGGCCUUGCGCGUAUCCAGGAUCCUCAGAUGACGGGCUACGUUUCUACUCGUUACUACCGCGCCCCCGAGAUCAUGCUCACUUGGCAAAAGUACGACGUCGAGGUCGAUAUCUGGAGUGCCGGCUGCAUUUUCGCCGAGAUGCUGGAGGGCAAGCCCCUCUUCCCUGGCAAGGACCAUGUCAACCAGUUCUCCAUCAUCACCGAGCUUCUCGGCACUCCCCCAGACGAUGUCAUCAACACGAUUGCUAGCGAGAACACCCUGAGAUUCGUCAAGUCCCUUCCCAAGCGCGAGCGUCAGCCCCUGAAGAAUAAGUUCAAGAACGCCGAUUCAUCAGCCGUCGAUCUGCUCGAGCGCAUGCUUGUCUUUGACCCUAAGAAGCGGAUAACUGCCACCGAGGCCCUUUCACACGAGUACCUUGCUCCUUACCACGACCCCACCGACGAGCCGGUUGCCGAGGAGAAGUUCGAUUGGAGUUUCAAUGAUGCUGAUCUCCCGGUCGACACAUGGAAGAUCAUGAUGUACUCCGAGAUCCUGGACUAUCACAACGUCGAAGCCUCGGGGCAAAUGAUGUUCCAGGAAGAUGUUCCGCCGCAAUAAAACACGGCAACGGCAGGGUCCGAGACAUGGCGCCGAAUCUUCAACACAGGGGUGGAGUAGAAGUCCCCUGGCUUCAUGAUACCACGACAUCAUGCCACAUGAUUUCUUACCGUCAUAAUCCACUUUUUUUUUCGGUUAACUUUGAAGGGGUUCUCCGAUUUUGUUUUUGUCUACAAUGUUUGAAGAGCGGGGAAGCGGAUACACAUCAGAGAACUGUAUCCAGGUCUCGGGUACAAGGGAAGUUUCAAAGAAAGGGAGAGGGCAUGCAGGUAUGUCCAGACAGAAGGACGCAUGCAUGGGAAAUACACGUACCCAGGCACGGGCGAUGUUUGGGGUUAGGAUCAAAUAAGACAAGAAGUAAAAAGAAACCAGGAUUCAAAAGAGGGUGUUUGCGCUUGUUGACUGCCGGACCGACUGAUAUUCACCAACGAUGGAGAGUUUGGGCAUGCAUGGCGUUCGUGGAGAGGGAAUGAUAGGUAAGGCCGAGACCGCCACUCUUUGGAGCUCGCUAAGGAAGCUGAUGGUGGACAAGCGGCGGGCGCUGUAUUGUUAUGGAGAGAAAGGAUGAGUGGAAAUGAUGGCUAUCCAUUCGAUCACGAGGCACUUGGUGGGGAGUAACCUAAGCAGAAACACGCCGUUAGGGGUCGGUUGUAGGGGCAAACAGGCGGUCGGAUCGAUAGGGUUGAGAUUCUACAUGAUUAGUUCGAGUAUAUGAUAGACUUUUUGGUAACAUCAGGUCCCGUCGGAGUAUUACUGGCCUUGCAUUGAAUAUGUUUAG